GAUGGAAACAUCUGUGGGAGCUCCUUGCAACUGUUGAGUGGCCCGCGAGCUGGCCCGGGUCGGGACUUUGUGAGAACCCCGGGGAGAGGCUGAGAAGCAGCCCGGUGGACUCGCAGGCCUCUCCCUGGAAGAGAGAUGGGUCGUGACCGCCAAGGGCACAAGAUGGCCUCAGUCUGCUGAGGGCUGGGGCCGUUUAGCGCCCGUCCACAUUCUCGCAUCAUUUACCAACAAACACGGCGGCUCCCCGGUCGGGCUGUGGCGCCAUCUCCCCAUUUCCAGAGACACACGGGGAGGUGAGCAGGGACACGUGCGAUGGACCUCAGGGGCCCGGCUCACGGGGGAUUUUGCAAGUCUCUGGAGACCCAGAGGGUGGAGGGUGGGGGUCCCCUCUGAUGGUUUCCAGCCACAGAAAAUUUCCUCCGAUCUGGAGGAAGCGGGAGUUCUUCUUUCAGAACAUCGAUGUCAAUCUUUGCUCACCGGUGACUAAGAGUGGCUGAGGCUGUGGGUGUAGACGGCGCUUAAAUAGCAGACCUGUUGUCUUCCGGCGAGAGCAGACACCUGGCUGGGACACCGGACAGGAGCAUGGCCGGCCUGCAGACCCCGCUCCUGGCUGCCCUCCUGCUCCUUGCUCUGGCUCCUCAAGCAACCGAAGCAGGCCCUUAUGGAGCCAACGUGGAGGACAGCGUCUGCUGCCGGGAAUACGUCCGCCGCCCGCUGCCCCCGCGCCUGGUGAAGUAUUACUACUGGACCUCGGACUCGUGCCGGAGGCCUGGCGUCGUCUUGCUAACCAUCAAGGACCGGGAGAUCUGCGCUGACCCCAGGGUACACUGGGUAAAGAAGGUUCUCCAGAAGCUGGACUAAUGAGGAAGGGUCCUGCCCCGGUGACCGUGGCCUUGGCUCCUCCGGGAAGGCUCACGGAGCCCUACCUUCCGGCCCUGACAGCUGCGCCCCAGCCAGUGACUCUGUCUGUAACCCCCGAUCUCCAUCCCUACGCUCAUCCCCCCUCUUACGCCUCCCACCCAGCCUCUGCCCCACUGUAGCCAGCGGGUCCACAAUUCUGGUCAGUCACUCCCCUGCUCAAAACCCUCCCAUGGCUCCCCAUUGCCCUAGGCCGAGGUCAGAGCGCCCAAGCUUGGCACCAUGCCCUCUGGAUCCUGGUCGCAUCUCCGUCUCCAGCCCCAUCUCACAUCCCUUCAUGCACGUUGGAUUCCAAACCAGCGCCAAUUACAUUCCUACUUCCGGACGGUUGCCUGUGCUGCCUGACACCCAGGAUGUCUCUCCAUCCCUGCACAGCCCCACCAGCCCUCUCAGACUGAGCAGCCAGUAAUUGAAUUUCAAUUAUUUCAUUUUUUUCCCUUUGAUGCUAGGUUGGCAGAGUCCGUGUCUGUCACUUUCUACCAAAGAGUCCUAAGUGACUCACUAUUUCUACGUAAUUGAUUUCAUUUUUUGGACUUCCACUGGCCCUCUGCCCUUCUUAACAGCCCUGGUUACAGUCUGCCCAGAAUCCUCGCACGGCUGGACCAAGGUCCACAGCCGAGUUACUUUGUCUCCUGGCCUCCAGGACAGAGCACAGGGCCUGGCUCAGAGUCAGGACCCAGCAGACUGAAUCCAUAAAAGUAAGGCCCCUCUCCCGCCCCCCCAAGGCCCUCAUACAUCAAUGCCGAGGCCACAGGUCAUCCAGGGAGCUGGGUCCCUUGUGAAGCCUUUAAUUUUCCCAGGUUCGACUUUCUUUCCCCAUUUUACCUCUGUGCUGGGUCUCUUUACCCUUCCUGCUUCCCUCCAGUUUUUACUGCUCCUCCAACCUCCCAAACCCAGACCUUACCUUUUCAGAGCCCCUGACUUUCCCUUCCUGUUUCCCCAAAUAGCUGAUGACCGAAUUCAUGCUAUGGUGUGAAUGACUACCCUUGGCUUGGUAUUUAACUCGAGUUAAAUUUGUAUAAGAGAAGAAGGCAGCCCGGCCAGUGUGGGUCAGUGGUCGAACAUUGACCUAUGAAUCAGGAGGUCACGGUUCAAUUCCCGGUCAGGGUACAUGCCCAGGAUUUGGGCUCGAUCCCCAGUGUGGGGCCUGCAGGAGGCAGCGGAUCAAGAUUCUCUCUCAUCAUCGAUGUUUGUAUCUCUCUCCCUCUGCCUUCCUCUUUGAAAUCAAUAAAAAUAUAUUUUAAGACAAGAAGGCAAAUGCUUAAGA